AUGCCUAAGCGCAAAAAAGUGUCGUCGAAAGACCCCUGGAAACAUUUAAUAAAAACAUUAGAAAAACCUAACGUGACAAAUCAUCUUCUUGAAUACUUAUAUCGAGCAGAAGCUGGUGUGCUUCCUCUGCGUUCAUCCACUGCUUUGAAUUCAGGGAAAGAUCCACUGCUUUCAGAAAGCAUACCAGCGGAAAUGUGGGAGCCACAGCGAUCUACUGCUUUCGCCUCGUGGUAUAAUAAUUACAUUUCUGGGAUUCUAUCCUCUAAAGAAUGUCAAUCCCAAGCUGUUGUCAAUUUUUGGAAAGAUGUUGAUGACCAGCGGAAGAGAGAGAAUAUCGGCAAAGAUUUAUUUUUCAUGCACUUUGAAGGAUUUACUGAGCUGUCCGAAGAUGAAGUAGAUCCUUCUCGAAAGGAGGAUGAUGCGAACUCCGAAAGUGAUGAAAGUGAUCUUGAAGAAGAAUAUUACGCUCAUAUAAUUGACCUGGACAAUGUACCGAAGCAACGCAGACCUUCAUUCUGUUCCGAUAAGGAAUGGUCCGCAAUUACUUCUAUAUCAAAGCCAUCAGUGGACCUACCUCCUUCAGUAGAACGACAACUUGAAAAUUAUUUGAAAAUUCCUGAGAUUAAAAAAAUACGGGAAUCAUUUGAUUCCUAUGAAGAAUAUUUUUGUCUUGAAAACCGGCCGGAAUACUUUGCUAAACGACCUCAAACCGAGGCUACAGUUCGUGUAAGGUUUAUUGAACCAAUUAUAGAACCGUUCAUUUUCAUUUUCAAAGACUUAAUGGAUAUAACUUGGGGUGAAAUCACGAGUUUAUCAUCGGCUAAUCAUGCCGACGAUAAAGAACUUAUGAUAAUUGAAUUAUCCGGAGCACCAACCCGACUUCCGACUAGGAAUCUGGAAGGGGACAGACAAGUUGUGUGUGAGUUCGAAUUGGCUAAAAAACUUAAAGUAUUUGGGCUACAAACAAAAGGCUACAAUUGUAUCAUCUCUGAACUAUAUAUAGUUGGUCGUGGGAUUUAUUGUAUAAGAACGUUGUCUCAGUUCCAUUUACCGACAAGAAUAUCUGAUUUAUGUUAUUUGUACGAACUACUCAGAGCCAUAUUUCUUCUUAGAGAUGAAUUGAUCAAGUCAUUGAGAGUUAUUCAAGAUCUUAAAAUAGCAAAGGCCCGUAAACUUGAGGUUAUUGACCCAAUCAGUUCUUAUAUAUUGCGAAUACCGCCAAGCUAA